UCCGUGAUCGCCUCCUCUACGGUACUUUCUCAAUGGCUCAUCGCAUCGUCUCUCAAGUCGUCGUGACCGGAGCCCGGGUCUUCGGCCGCGCCUUCGCCGAAGCCUACAAGCAAGCCCAGGCGUCCGGCAAAUACGCUGGCCAACAAAAGGCAGCCGGCAAGUCCACCAGCACCUCGAGCGUAACCAUCGAUGAAGCCUGCAAAAUCCUGAAUGUCAAGCCCCCUGCCUCCGGCGAACACGACCUCGAACACGUCAUGGCCCGAUUCAAGAAACUGUUUGAUACCAACAACCCCGAAAAGGGCGGCAGCUUCUACCUGCAAAGCAAAAUUCUGCGUGCACGCGAGCGAUUGGAAAUGGAAUUCCGCGAGGUUGAGCGCAAAGCCGCGCACGACAAGGAGUUGAAGGAAGGCUGGAACCCCAAGGUCUACAAGGAUCAAUGAAUACAACAAUAAGUGU